AUGACGCCGGAAAGCUUGAUAGCAUCGGCGUCGAUCAACAUAGGACUCGCCGUCCUCGCACUCUGGCUCUUCUCCGUGUUGAAGAAGCAGCCCCGCAACGCCGUCAUCUAUUACGCUCGCCGCCUCUCCGAUCUCCACCGUCCUGAUCUUCCUCUCCACUCUUCCUUCUCUCUCCCUCGCUUCCUUCCUUCCGUCGCUUGGAUCCCACGCGCCUUCGGUGUCCCGGAGGACGAUAUUCUCCGCCGCCAUGGCCUCGACGCCCUCGUCUUUAUUAGGCUCUUCAAAUUCGGAAUCAGAUUCUUCCUCUUGUGCUCGAUACUUGGAGUGUCACUUCUUCUUCCGGUUGAUUAUUACAGUGAGUCAGAUUUACCGACUCGAAGGGAGUAUUCGAUGGAUGCUUUCACAAUAUCAAAUAUCACUCGAGGUUCUAACAAGUUGUGGGUGCAUUUCUCAUGCUUGUGGUUCAUAUCAUUCUAUGCAUUGUUUUUGCUGUAUAAGGAAUACAAGGAGAUUCUUGUGAAAAGGCUUCAACAAAUGAGAGAACUUAAGCAUCGUGCUGACCAGUUCACUGUUCUUGUUCGGCAAGUUCCUCUCUGUCCUGAGCAUAAGACUCGUGGCUGUGGUGUUGAUCACUUCUUCUCUAAACAUCAUCCUUUUAGUUAUCAUUCCCAUCAGAUGUUGUACAACGGGAAAGAUCUUGAAUACCUCUUGGGGAAGCAGAAGAAGCUUAAGAGAGAACUAGAAGACAAGAGACACACACAAGACCAUAAGCAGAUAUCCACAUCUGAAGAAAAGCUUCAAGAAAUUACCCAUAAGAUUAUCCACCUUCAAAGUGAAACUAUGCUCAGAGAGAAGGAACUACCUGUUGCGUUUGUCACCUUCAAAUCCCGAAGAAGUGCCGCGCUGGCAGCUCAAACACAGCAACACUCAAAUCCUCUAGAACUGAUCACUGAAAUGGCUCCUGAACCAAGAGAUGUAUCAUGGAGAAAUCUUGCUAUUCCUCAUAAGAUAUUGCCUCUCAACAAAAUCGGAGUCAUCCUUGCAGCAGCACUUCUUACAAUUUUCUUUGCUAUACCAGUCACAGCUGUCCAGGGAAUUGCAAAGUAUGAGAAGCUUAAGAAAUGGUUUCCUCCAGCCAUGGCUAUCGAAUUCAUACCAGGGCUCAGCUCAGUUGUGACAGGGUACCUCCCAAGCGCAAUACUAAAAGGUUUCAUGUACAUUGUCCCUUACGCUAUGCUUGGAAUGGCUUAUCUCGGUGGCUCUACUUCCAAGAGCAAAGAGGAGAUAAAAGCUUGCAAUAUGGUCUUCUACUUUCUAAUGGGAAACGUUUUCUUCUUGAGUCUCAUCUCUGGUUCCUUGCUAGAUGAAAUUGGAGAAUAUUUCACUCAUCCUAGAGACAUUCCUAGUCACCUUGCUGCUGCUGUUUCAUCACAGGGAGAGUUUUUUAUGACAUACAUCUUGACAGAUGGGCUGUCCGGUUUCUCUCUGGAGAUUCUUCAGUUAGGGCUGAUAACAUUUGAUAUCAUAAGAUCCUACACUUAUGGAAGAGGAGAAGAGAGAAACCCUUAUCUCUUUUCAUUUCCAUAUUUUAGGGUUAUCCCCACAGUGUCCUUAUUGAUAAUGAUCGGUAUGAUAUAUGCAGUGGUAGCACCACUAAUGCUCCCUUUCCUAGUUGGCUAUUUUUGCCUUGGAUACAUUGUCUACUUCAACCAGAUGGAAGAUGUAUACGAGACCACAUAUGAUACUUGUGGUCGAUUCUGGCCAUUCAUUCAUCACUAUAUCUUCGUCUCAAUUAUACUUAUGCAAGUCACCAUGGUGGGUCUCUUUGGGCUCAAGUCAAAGCCAUCAGCAGCAAUUGCUACUAUACCUCUUAUAUUGAUCACUAUAGCUUAUAACGAGUACUGCAAGAUCCGCUUCCUCCCAUCAUUCAAACAUUUCCCAAUACAGACAGCAGUUGAAAUAGACGAAGUGGACGAAAAGAAUGGGGAGAUAGAAGCGCAUUAUGUUGAUGCUGCAAUGGCGUAUAAACGAUAUCAACCUUGCUUAGAGCGUGUAAGCUUAGCGGAAUCACCAGCAAACAUGAGCCAACCAUUGCUUGGGACAGACUCCAUUUGAUUUGAGACGAAAAGGUGAGCUUGUUUGAAACUCUUGUCUUUUUAGUAUUCUAAAUAGAUCAUGGAUGCAUGUAAAAGAGAUUUUGAAGCUUCUCCACCUAUGUCCUCAUGUUUUAGUCACUUUGGAUUAAUGGUUUAGGGGACACAAGCUACAUAUAUAAUAUAGAA